UCUAUGGUUGAAAAAAAAGUAAAAAUAAUGGUUGGUUGAUUUGUUUUUGUUUGUUAUUUUGAACCAAUCUUUGAUUUUUUCCAUUAAUUAAUUCGUGUGCACUUUAAGUGUAACUAUGACUUCUAUAGUUGUAAAUUCCAGUCAUGCUAAACAUUCUAUACCUAUAGAUAUUUUAGACGAUUUGUGCAGCCGUUUCAUCAUUAAUCUUCCACCAGAAGAUAGAGGAAACUUGGUGAGGAUAUGUUUUCAAAUCGAACUGGCCCAUUGGUUUUAUUUGGACUAUUACUGCACCGACGAAACCAAGCUGAAUCCAUGUGGUAUACGAGAAUUUGCCGCGCAUAUAUUUCAACAUGUACCACAGCUGAGGGAGCACAUUGGCAGCCUAGACGCUGUCCUUGGUAACUGGAGGGAAUACAAGCAGACAGUGCCCACUUAUGGAGCAAUUCUUCUGGAUACAGACCUUACCCAUGUGUUGCUGGUCCAGUCCUAUUGGACUAAGGCUUCAUGGGGUUUCCCAAAAGGAAAGGUCAAUGAAGAUGAAGAGCCUUGGAAGUGUGCUGUCAGAGAAGUAUUGGAAGAAACAGGCUUUGAUAUAAGUAAACUAAUAAAUAAAAAUGAUUAUAUUGAAGCUAUGAUUCAUGAACAAAUUGUACGCCUUUACAUUAUUGGGUAUAUCCCAAGAAAUACAAAGUUUCAACCAAGAACUAGGAAUGAAAUUAAAGCUUGUGAGUGGUUCCCGUUAGCAGAUCUGCCUGCAAAUAAGAAAGAUAUGACGCCGAAACUUAAAAUGGGUGUUAGUCCAAAUGCAUUCUUCAUGGUACUACCAUUUGUUAAACGUAUGCGGCGUUGGGUUGCAGAACGUAAUCCUAAAGUCUUCAGUAACAGUAUGAGACGUACUAGACACAAAUCAAUGGGAGAUAUAGAAUCUUCAUCCAGCAAGAGCAAGGCAAAAACAAUAUCACAGGGCCUACAAAAUGAGAUUCAGGAGUAUCAGCAACAAAACCCCACCUACAAGCAUAAGAAUGGUAACCACAGCAAUGGCCAUGGAACUAACAAUACCAAUCAAGGAAACGGCAACAACUCUAACCAGAACCAGCCACAUAAUCAUACUCAUUCAACUCCUUCUCAAGGGCAGAGUAGUGCUCAUCAAAGUAGCUCAUCCAAAAAUGGUAAUACUCAUUCCAGCAAUAGAAAGGAUAGAAAACUGGCGAAGCGGCAGCUAUUUACACCGCAGAAUAUUCAUAGCAACAACUUUUCUCCAGUACAAAAAGAAAGUAUCAGUAAUGAGGUUGCUGAAGAUUUCAACAAUUACUUUAAUUUCGUGGCUCCGUCUUGGGCAAACUUUAAGUUUGACAGACGCGCCAUACUGGAAUGUCUCACCUGAAGUAUUUAGAGUAAACCAAAUAAGGUUGAUCUCAAAUAAAUAUAUUCUUUAAACUAUCUGUAUCCUUAGAUAACUAGCUUUGUUUCAAUCUUUUGUAAUUUAAAAUUACAAUAGGCUGACAAUUAUAAAGUAGGUAUCUACACAAUGAUACAGUAUACAGUUAUAUUCAUUGUUGUUUUAAUAACCAUCCCUUGGACCUACCUACUUCAUGUCUAUUAUUCGGAACUGCCCCUUUUCUUUUCAGGAAAGUUUGCACAAUGUUAAAGACCA